AUGUUUUCCAAAUGCGUAUCAGAAAUUCUGCAAUUGCUAGGACAGUUGUUGGUGUUCGUUAUAAAAAUGUGCAGCAGUGCUAAGAGGGGCGACGCCGCGACGCCCCCGUACGCCUUUAGGGCCUUUCGCUACGAAAAGGUGCACCCCAGCGAGGACUCCAACUCGAAGUGUCCGUUUCCGCGAAGCGGCCAUCGAAUAGGCGCCGAUUUGUCCAAUUUCUAUUCGUUCGGGGGCUACAAUCCGGUGGUUAGGGACGACGAGGACGAGAACGAUGAGGACGAUUUCUGGGUGCAGUCCUAUCCGCUGUUCCAGGAAUUGUGGAAGUUCAAUUUCGCGUCCAGGAAAUGGACCAAGUUCAGGAACAGCGAGACCUUGCCCAAGGAGUUGGCGUCCAACGCGCUCGUUUUGCACGGGAAUAUUUUGAUGGUAUAUUCUUGUGUGUACGGCGGUACAGGUUCCCCCUUCGGGAUGAGAUGUAGCAAUCAACUCUACGUUUGCAAAAUCAACGAUGAGUCCAACAUAAUGACAGAAGUGAACACAACAGGACAGCUCCCUCUACCUUUAUACGGCCAAGCCCUCAUUUUUCAUAACGACUAUUUAUAUACAAUCGGUGGUACCACCGGUUUGUCUUACACAUGUGAUAUUCACAGAUUAAACAUGAAAACCCUCAAUUGGGAAAUCGUGUAUUUGUGCAACGGAUUGGGCGACUACGAGCCCAAAGGUCGCUACAGGCACGAAGUAGGCUUUGACGGACGGUACAUUUACGUCUUAGGAGGCGGCACUACCGAAGAAGCCUACGGUUUCCAAUACAUACCUGCGUUCGAUAUAGAAAAAAACGUUUGGUUGAAACAGAAAACUAUCAGAGACGUUACCAGAGGUUAUCCGGAACCCCGACGUUGCCACGGGGCCGUUCAAAUAACGAGCACGUCGAGCGUGCAGUUGUUCAUCACGGGCGGCCACGACGGCGAGGACAUCUUCAACGAUCUGUGGCGACUGGACCUGGUGACGUACCAAUGGACGUACUUCAGUUUGUGCAAAUUGCCGCAGCCGACGUACUUUCACGCGACGGCGGCGACGCCGGAGGGCAAGCUGUACGUGUUCGGGGGCAACUACAGCGUCGACGAGGACGUGAGACGGAGCAACGACGUGUAUUCGACGUGGCUGUGCAUACCGAAAUUGAGCGAGAUCAGCUGGGAGGCCGUGUUGCACUACAGCCCUCGGUUGCACAAGCUCGAUGCUAGCGAAUUGAUCGAUUUAGGGCUGCCCAGGAGGUUCUUGCAACGGUUGGACCGUAACGCGUAA